AUGCUCGCGACCGCCAGAUCUGCCAUUCGCCUCGCGCCCGCGCUCCGCGUCGACGCCCACGCGCGCGCGCGGCCCGUUCGAGUCGGAUAUUCCCCGAUACGCCGCCGAGACCUCACUCUCCCGACCUUCGCCCGCGCCUCCCUCGGCGACGCUCGCGGGCGUCGGCCGAUAUCCUCGCCCGUCGUUUCAUCGCGUCCGGGAUCCGCCUCGGCGUCGCGCCGCCGCGCGUCGCGGCGCGCGGCGGCGGAGGGCGACGGUGCGGGCGACCGCGACGAGGACUCCGGCCAGUCCUCGGUCGCCGAGGCUGAGACGAACGCCGCCGACGACGCCGACUCGUACAACGUCGCCGAGGAGAUGCCCGACACGAUCCCGUACAAAUCGAGGGACUCUGCCGACGAAGAGGACGACGACGACGACAUCGAGCUGCCGAGCCCCGGAGCCAACGCGGAGGCUGUCAAGCCCGCCAAAGGCAAGGAUAGGGCUUGCGCCUUUUUUCCUUGUUCAGUUCCCUUUUUACCGUCUUUCUGUUUCUGGUGUCCCUUUUCUGGUAUCUGCCUUGAUUGCACGCAUCACAGACGUAAAGAGCUACGUGAUCUCGCGUGUUCGCAGAGCAACAGGGAGACGCACGAACUGACCCGCGGACGCCGUCACUUUGUUCGCACCCCACCAACCGGAUGGAAGGCAAAGCCCGAGUACGCCAAGCCCACGCCGCAGGCGUACUUCCGCGGACAAGCAGGAUACUCAAAGGUGAGGGGACAUCAUCGAACAAACACGUGCACGGACCAAGGAGCAAGGGAAACAUCUUCGGCGGCUCACCCCUCACUUUUUUUUUGCGGGCCCUACCCCGCGUUCUACCCCCCGGAUGCUCGCAACUACCAGUACAAGCGCCACCUCAUGGUCGCCGUCGACGGCUCGAAGGAGUCCGAGCACGCGGUCGAGUGGACCAUCGGGCACCUCUGCCGCAGCGGUGACUUGCUCCACAUCGUCCACGUCGAGACCGCGGGAGACAUGGACCCGCGACUGAACACGUACGGUUCCUUCGCCCGCACGCAUCCCCCGUCGGUUCCCGGCGCCCGAAACGACAUCGGCCUCGCGGUCCCCUUCCCCGCGAACGUCGGCGGCGACGACGGCGACGACGACGCGGCGUGGGCGCCGAAGCCGAUGCUCGAAUUCAGAGUGAGUCCCCGCUCGAACCGCGCUCAAACUGACCUGUUUGCCCCCCCCAAAAAAAACAUCCGUUUUCACAUUCGCAGUCCGACUUCCCGCGCGUUCCCGGAUGCGGUGGACCUCUCGCUGAUGGUCGAUCCCGAAGCGCAGGAGCAGUACUGGUCCAACGCCGUGAAGCGCACGGAGGAGAUGCUCGACGAAGUGUACGACCGACUCAAGGCGACGCACGCUCGCGACUUUUACUUCUCGGCGCUAAUAUUCGGCGUCCGCGGCUGGUGCGGCGGCUCACUCGCAGGCGAGCUCGCCGGCGACGGCGAGGACAUGACCCGCUUUCCGCAGCCCGUCGAGCUCGACGCGGUACUGGACACGACGUUUGAGCCCGUGGCCGAGGUUGUGCUCAAACGGGCCAAGGAUCUCGAGGCCGAGAUGCUGGUCGUCGCGCAUCACUCGCGAAACUGGUGGGAAAAGGCGCUCGUGGGCAGCGUGGCGCAGUACCUGAUCGACAGGAGCGACGUGAACGUGGUGGUGCUGCACUGA